UUCUCCCUCUCAUUCUUCCCCAAUCUCUUCCUCCUGCAGCGGCACCACUCUCCUUCCCCUUCCUCAUUUCAGAGUGAAGGCUUGGGUAGCAUGUUUGUUCGCUGAGAAGAACAGGUUGAAGCUGGGUAGCUAUGUUUCUUCUCAUUUUCCCCUUUCAACUCUUACAUAGUUACAUUGAUCGAACUUGGUAAUAUUUUAAUGAAUGGAUGGGCUUUUAGGGUUUUCCACUGGCGGUCACUGUUAGCAUCUCUUCCCCCAUUUUUUUAUAAUUUUCUGGGAGAAGUCAAAUUUGUUUUGGUUUGAUUGAUAUCGUUAUUGGGAUGGACCUACUUAAGGUUAACGGUUAAGUCAGAACUCAUUAAGCGAUAAACACACUAGGAAAACGGCACCAGUUUCUUCAGGUUAAGGUUAAAGUUAAGGGUAAAGCUAAUUUCUUUUUACUACCUAUAAUUGAUUCUGACGUUUGAGUGUCAAACAUGGAUGGAAAAUGCAGUCGGCUGAUGGAGUCGGUCACAUUGUUGUCAUACAGGAGAAACGGAGUAGGCAGAAAGUUAGGAUCGUAGAGCAAGCAGGAAGAGAAAGGUGCCUUCUUGUGUUGUGUUGUGCUUGCUCCAUUGUUACUAAUGAGUUCCUCAAAAGAACGAGCCAAAAAGGCAUUGAAAGCCAUGAGUGCGAUCGGUUUAUCUGCUGACGAAGUGAAACCAGUGCUGUUACAGUUGCUCAAGGCAUCUGAAAAAAACUGGGAUUAUAUCGAAGCUGACAAUUACCAAGUGCUUGUGCAAACAUUUUGGGAGCUUCAGGAAGCGAAGUUAGCUGAAGACGAGAAAAAAGGUAACAAGGACGAUUUUCUGCUUGGAAAGCGUCCCCGGAUGGAAGCGAUUGAGCUGUACGAAGACCAAGCUUCUUGUGAUGUUGAGGUUUUCAGUGAAAGCCUUGGUUUUGCACAAGAUCCUUACACACCGAUGAACGAUAUCGCCUCUGGAACCAGAGAGUCUUCACAAGUGCAAGGCGGGUCUUCUGCCACACCUACUGUGAUGGUCCAGACGGUUACUGAUGAAAAUGACAAUGAUGGUCUUCAAAGGAUAUAUCAACACUUCAUGGGUGACAUAACAAAAGGAGUUGAAAGGAUCAGCAUUUCAUUAGUGGACGAGUAUGGGGGCGAGGAGCUUCCCAAUUUCGUUUACAUUCGUAAGAGCAUAGUAUAUCAAAGUGCAUGCUUACAAAUAUCUCUAGCUAGAAUAUCUGAUGCUGAUUGCUGCUCAAGUUGCUUGGAUGAUUGUGUUGCACAACAACUACCUUGUGCAUGUGCUUGUGAAACUGGUGGAAGCUUUGCUUACACGGUAGAGGGCCGGCUGAAUGACAAGUUUCUUGAAGAUUGUCUGUCCAUGAAAGCCAACCCUCAACAGCAUCAUUUGUUCUUUUGCCAAGACUGUCCACUUGAGAGAGCCAAGAAUGAGCAUUUUCCUGCAAAAUGCAACGGUCAUUUGAUCAGAAAGUUUAUCAAAGAGUGUUGGGUCAAAUGUGGAUGUGCUGAGGGCUGUGGGAAUCGAGUUGUGCAACGGGGCAUCAAUUGCAAUUUGCAGGUCUUUAUGACACAUGCAGGCAAAGGUUGGGGGGUCAGAGCUCUCCAGGACUUGCCUAGGGGAACCUUUGUCUGUGAAUAUGCUGGGGAGAUAUUGACGAACACCGAGUUAUAUGAGCGGAAUAUGACUGCUGGAGGCAAGGGAAGGCACACUUAUCCUGUUACUCUUGAUGCUGACUGGGGUUCCGAGAAAACUCUUAAGGACGAGGAAGCACUUUGCUUGGAUGCUACCUACUAUGGCAACGUAGCCAGGUUCAUUAACCACAGAUGCUAUGAUGCAAACUUAACUGACAUUCCUGUUCAAGUGGAGACCCCUGACCGACAUUAUUACCAUCUUGCUCUUUUCACUGUAAGAGACGUGAAGGCUCAGGAGGAAUUGACUUGGGAUUAUGGAAUUGACUUUGCGGAUGAUGAUCAUCCAGUAAAGGCAUUCAAGUGUCGUUGUGGAAGCAGAUUUUGUCGAGACAACAAGAAGCUGAAAAGGAAGUUGGUUGUGGUACUUGACGAUUGAUGAAUGAUUCAAGGAAAGAGAAGAAACCUAAAUGGGAGUUUUUGGUCAUUUUUAUCUUUCAAUAAGUGUAAAUGGGUCAGGAAGAAAGAGUAAAAAAGGGCCUUUGAACAUUUUGGAGGUUUCUUCAGGUACAAGCUUUGGUUGGCAGAAGAUCUGCAGAAGCAUAUGCUAUGUAAUGAAUUAAUGAUGAACAUUUCCACAAACUGUAGGUACUGUACAGGCACAGACUCACUUUUGGCAAGAAAAAAAAGAUGAACAAGCUCAGUUUAGAGAUGGAAAGAAUGCAUUAUGAGUUUGUAUUUGAUCUUAGACGUAAUGGGUGCUUAUCUAUUCUAUGCUUAAGCUUUGACUACCAAAAUACAUAUUCCUUGUUUUCCUUUUCAUUAUGCGUCCUACUAUGUAUAAUAACGAUAAAGGUACCAAUACAAUUGAACUCUAGGCUCAUUAAAUUAUCAUCAACAAUCAUAAAUGUUUACUGUCUUUGGUAUUAGAGUAGGUAAGACAUGGUAGAACUGGCAGGGAAUUUUUAUUUUAUUCAGUGAUCGAAGGUGGUAACGUCAACCGAAACUGAAAUAGGGUGUAUAAUAAGAUUUGAACUUUGUU